AUGCCUUGGGACGACGUGUUGGACUUUGACGUCGACGGAAUGAUAGCGUUAGCGGAUCAUCUUUUUUACCCCACGAUCGAUGAUGAGUACGUUUCGAACGAAGAAGAAGACACGAAGGCGAUUCCGAAAUUUUUGAAUAAUUUCUCCCCGAUGUGGUCCCGAAAUCAUCCAAUCGAUGCGCUCGCGAAACGAGUUUUAAGGUGCGAAAUACGCGCGGAUGCGAACAUCUCGGACCAGGAGAAUGUCGUUUUGAUGAUGCAUUUGUGCAAGAUUUUACAAGUCGCGUUAGAAAGGGCUUUGGCGAGUGCUGAAAAGAGGAGUGAUGAUGAUUUUGAUUAUUCGAGGAAAGAGCGAGAGAACGAACUGUUGAAAGAAAAGGUCGAGGAGCAAAAGCGCGAGUUUUUAAUCCUGUCCAAAGAGAUGCGAGAGGUGGAGAUGGAGUUCGUGAAACGCAUCGAGAUGCUGGAAAAAGGUGAUGCGAGGAAAAGAGAUGGACAUUUAUUACCACUUUUGUUGGAUGAUGAUGAUGAUGCGAAGAUGAAGAAGAUGUUUCGACUCGCUCGCGCGAACGAGGAGGACGAAGAUACCGGUGGCGGCGACGACGACGACGACGACCAGAUGAUCGAGGGGGAACAUUUUUUUAGCACACCGAGAAAGGAGAAGAGGGCGAUCGUGAACGCGAAGAAGCGCGAGGCGGACUUGUACGAAAAAGAACAACACGAAGAAGCGUUGCGAAGAGCACAACAUCGCGCGUUGGCGUUGGAGACGCAGUCGGACGCGCUUUCGGAUAAUUUGGAAGAAAGCAGGAGAGAAAUUCGAAAGUUGCAAAAGAUGUUGGCGAAGGAAAGAGAAAGAAACGAAGAGAUGGAAAAUCGACAGAUGGUAUUAAACGAGCGUUUAAUGAUGCAACCAGCAACGUCCUCGUUCACGUCUCUGGUCGGAACAUCCGUGUCGCCAUCCUCGCCGGCAAAGAAAGGGAGCGCGUAUCGAUUAGGGAGCGGUAAAAGUAGAAUGCCGCCGCCGCAAACGGUUGAGAAAACGAAACGCAUUCUCGGAUACGAAGAUGACCAGAACGAAAACGCUAUGGCGCUAACGAGAGAAGAAACAUUAAACAGAUGGGACGCUCGCGCGCAGUUUAAAAUCGCCAUGGACCAGUUGAGGAGAGACUUGUCGGUGAAGAGCGCGCAGUACGACGCCUGUUCCGCGAAGUGCGAGGCGCAAUCGAGAGUGCUUUCGAAAACCGUGAAAGAGCGCGACGAACUGAAGGACGAAACGAAACGGCUUCAACGUACCGUUGAAAAGUCUAAGCGCAUAGGAGAAGAAACCGUAGAACACAUUCGACGCGAUGCGGAGGAAAAAGAAGAACGAGAUAAACGAUUGAUGCGCGAAGCGGUGUCUUCUUUGCGACAGAAAGUGCGCCAACUCGAACGCGAACGAGACGACAGUCGCGAGGAACUCUCAGAAACCACGCAAUCGUUGGAGAAAAUGAAGCAAAAAGCGAGUAAAGCCAUGGAAAAGAACACGAGAUUGCAGAAGGAAACGACCGAUUUGAGAUUCCAAAUCGAAAAGCUUCAAGACCAAUUGCAGCGAACGGUGGAUUUGUACGAACACGAAACGUUGAAAGUCGAACUCGACCGCGCGACCGAACGAACAAAAAAGCUACAACUCGCUCUCGACAAAGAAGCGAAAUCGAGUGCCGAGGAAAUCGAGCGUUUAGAACUCGAUAUCGAAAAAUUCGAAAAGCAAGCCGCGCUCGCGCAAAAAGAAAAGUUAGACCUCUCCUCUCACCUCGUCGUCCGAGAAAAAGAACUCGAAUCGAGCCGCGUGGAAACCAAACGAAUUCAAGAGGAACUCGAAACCGUCCAAUCAUCCGUGCACGCCAAAGAAGAAGCGUUUCAUAACGCGGAAAAGCAACAACAACUCGAAACGCUCGAAAUUGCCGAAACGCUUCUAAAAUACGAGCGGGAAAACCAAAAGCUCAAAGCCGAGCUCGCAGCGCUCGACCCGAAAUUCUUCGAGGAAGUCUUCGAGUGCAAAGAGAGGUGUAAAAAGCGAGGAUUGGUAAUUCAAAAGUACGAGAUGAAGCUAAGGAGUUAUUGCGAAACGCUCGGAUUCGCGUUCAAACGCGAGCCGUGGGAUUGA